AUGUUGUGUUUGAUGUUGAUGGUGCUAUCGGUAGUUGCAGGUCGGUCAACAAAUUACGAUGCGGGUGCUGCUGAUGACUUCAAACCAGAAAGACACGAGUGCAAACAAGCAGACGACAAACAACCUAUCUGCUUUUACGACUGGAAUACUACGAAGGAAUGGCCAAUGCUGAAUUGGACACAAUCUAACAAAUUUUGUAUGAAUUAUAUUAAAGACGCUUUUCUGUUGAGCCUCCAAAUAACUGUUCCUAUUGAUCAAUUACUUCGAACAUUUCGAUUAUCAAACUCAGAUUUUCUACAGUUACAACCUGACAUCAUGUUCACCAGAUCGGUUACACCAGUCAGUGGGUUCGAGCCUGGGGAGCAGAGUUACGGUCGCGAUUCUGAGCUGUGUGGUGCUCUACAGAUAUCUACCGAGAUAUUUUCUGGAGACUACUUUGUAAAUAUUGUUGAGUAUGGAGACACGUCUCACGGAACGAAUUGCAACUUCAUUCGUAUAGACAAUCUCGAAAAGUUUAAGUUUCCACCACAAUCAUAUUCCGUUGUUGAAUUUUUUAUGCCAUCAACUGGCUACACGAAAUCUUCGUGUCCUUUAUACUCUGAAUAUCCUGGCGACUCAGAUUACCAUUUGUCGUCUUCUGUGAACAAUAACUUCAUGGUCAUGCAGUUUGACGAUCCAGAGAAGUACUACCUUAAUCUUUCAUCUUCUGGAUUAAUCUCAACUACGUUAAGCAAAGGCUUGGUACAAGGCUACCACAACUGCAGUAUUUGGAACUUCAAAUCACCUAGUCAAACUUAUGACCGAAAUGUUUACAAAAACAUUAGGACGGAUUACCUGUACGCAACAAUAAAUUACUCCCAACCCGUCUUAUGGACUGACAUGUACUCAUUUGUGACAUUUAAUUACAUCAAAGAUUGGAUUUCAAACCCUCAUAUACAAAAAUGGAUGUCUUGGUUGAACAGUACAGAUGGUUAUCUUGAUAAAAUAAUGAAAAUUGAUUAUAGAGGUGAGUUUGAAAUUAUGUUGGAUGUGAAAAUAAGUGUAUACUCCCAAAAUGUGGCGCGACCCAUGAAACGUAGAAUUCCACGGCAAGUGUUUCAAGAUCUUCAAAGUGAAGAGGGAAAGGAAGAUACAACUAACCCUGAAGAAGUUGAAACAAAAAAAUUUCUAUCAUCCAACAAAGGAUGUUACAAAGAAAUCGUUAGGCUAGGCUCAGAUGCAUUCUAUUUCAAUGUUGGACUGGCAAAUGACGAAGCAUUCAGCGAUAUCUUAUGCAACUGGCCUGCGUUUCCUCCAAAAGCAAAAGCUGCAUGUAGAGGGAAUUUUAUUUACGGUUACAGCUGGGUUCUUACUGAGGUGUUAAACUGUACAUCAAUCGUUCUCAAUGAAGCUGAUAAAAGUUCAAAUGUAACAAAAUCACUUCUUGAAAUUUUUCGAAAAGAUACUGCCGAUUACGGGGAAAUUCUAAACAUGACCAAAAAGUUGAUAGCUGGAAAUUCAACGAGCUCAACCAUCCAGCCAAACGAUAUUUCACUGGUAGCCGCUAUUUUGCAGAAAUCAAACAGCGACAGCGUCCUCAUCAAUUCAAAUAGCGCCAAUGUAUUGAUAUCAAUAAUAGACGAGCUAUUAAAUUCACCCGUUGAAAAGAUUCAGCAAGCGCAAAAUCGAACCGGGGCGUCAUUAUCAAUUUUGAAUUCAAUGGAAAGACUGAUGAACAAGUUCAUGAACAACGAAUCAAGUGAAGACAUCAACAUCACAUGGUCUUACAAAAACUUGAUCGCCCACUUUCACGAUUCAAAAUUAGAUAAUCAUCAUAACUUGGGUUUUGGACUCUUGAAAACGAAAACCACCCAAAACUCUGCAAAUGUUAUUUACGGUGACGACGUAUUUAGGAAGGGCAGCAAUCAUUCAAACAGUUCAAGUAGUUACGAUGGCUGGGCUGCUGAUUUGGAGGUUGCUCUCAUGUUACCAGAUGAAGUUUACAAACGAACAUCUUACGUUGAUGAGGAUGGAAAUAAUGAUGUCAUGAGCCGGGAAAUAAAUUCAGUGGUUAUCAAAUCAGUCGUGAAAGGAAGAAACAUAUCAAACUUGAGCAAUAAAAGACAUUUUUCGAACCCAACUUGCGUCUACGCAAGAUAUGAGAGCAACGAAAUUCACUGGUUGACAGAUGGCUUGAAGACAAUUUAUUCAGGUGUUGAUGAUUCUUUUAUCGAAUGCGAAAGUGACCAUCUUACAAAUUUUGCUGUUUUAGCGGGUUUCCGAAAAGAGGAACAUUCGAAGGCGGUGGGCGAUACUUUGCAGUGGGUUUCCAUGGUUGGAAUGAUUGUCUCGAUCGUCUGUCUCCUCCUCGUCAUCACCGGACAGAUUAUUUUCAAGAAAUUUCGCAGAGGGCAGUACCACAUUGCACUACUUAACUUAUCAAUAUCUCUCAUUUGUGUAAAUCUCAUCAUUAUAUUCCAGCUGGAUAAGAAGCAACUAUCUGAAUCGUCGUCAGCGUCAUGUUCAUCUUCGUCGUCAUCAUCGUCGUCGUUUUCAUGGGAGACUAUCCGGUGCAUUGUUGUGACAGCAUUAUUGCAUUAUUUCCUUCUGGUAUCAUUUUUGUGGAUGUUAAUUGAGGCCAUCUUGCAGUAUUUGAACUGCUGGUUAGCCAAAGAAGCUUUUUACUUUGCUUUCCUGUUACCUCUGGCUUUGGUAAUACUUGCCAACACUUGCAUGUUCGUGAUGAUAAUUAAAGGAAUCUCAUGCGACAGACCGAAAGGUAUGAUAACAAAUCAAUCGCAAAGUCAACUGGUUUGGUUGCAAGUUCAAGUAGCUCUCUGCUGCUUCGUAAUAAUGGGAUUGACUUGGACAUUUGCCUUCUUUGCAUAUGGAAAAGCAUCCGUCGUCAUGUACUUCUUGUUUGCCAUCUUCAACUCUCUUCAAGGAUUAUUCAUCUUCUUACUGUUCAACUUGCGAGAGAAACUUGUGCGUCAGGCUUGGCGCAGUUUGAUUAGAAAGCCAGUCGAAUACUUGCCAUUCUCAACGACAUCAACCAGCAACAACACAAACACGUUCAGGCUUACAAUUAACAGUCGUUCUGAUAACGAAAGGAAAAAAGUUCUGUCGACGGAGUUGAAUUUCUUAAAGGCAGCAAGUUCUGAAAGUUACGGCUGA